AUGGCGGAAGAAGCGGGUCUGGAGUCCCUGCAGAGGAGGAGAAAGCGGCGGGACCCGGAGGAGCUGGAAAGCGCGGAACAGAAGCCAAAAGACCUGACAGCGGCGGUGACGAUGGGCCAAGAGAACGAAGAAGAGGAAGAAGAGCGCUGGGUGGGGCCUCUACCUGUGGAGGCAACGUUAGCCAAGAAGAGGAAAGUUUUAGAGUUUGAGAGAGUCUAUCUUGACAAUCUUCCCAGUGCAUCCAUGUAUGAACGUAGUUACAUGCAUAGAGAUGUUAUCACCCAUGUGGUAUGCACCAAAACAGAUUUUAUUAUUACAGCCAGUCAUGAUGGACAUGUUAAGUUCUGGAAGAAAAUAGAAGAGGGAAUUGAAUUUGUUAAACAUUUUCGUAGUCAUCUGGGAAUUAUUGAGAGUAUUGCAGUUAGCUCUGAGGGAGCAUUGUUCUGUUCUGUGGGUGAUGAUAAAGCAAUGAAGGUGUUUGAUGUAGUAAAUUUUGACAUGAUCAAUAUGCUGAAACUUGGCUAUUUUCCUGGACAGUGUGAGUGGAUUUAUUGCCCAGGCGAUGCCAUAUCAUCUGUUGCUGCUUCUGAGAAGAGUACAGGAAAAAUUUUCAUUUAUGAUGGUCGAGGAGAUAAUCAGCCACUUCAUGUUUUUGACAAACUUCACACAUCACCUCUUACUCAGAUACGACUGAACCCAGUUUACAAAGCAAUAGUGUCCUCUGACAAAUCUGGGAUGAUGGAGUAUUGGACUGGGCCUCCUCAUGAAUAUAAAUUCCCAAGAAAUGUGAAUUGGGAAUAUAAAACUGACACAGAUUUAUAUGAAUUUGCCAAGUGUAAAGCAUAUCCGACCAGCAUAUGUUUCUCACCCGAUGGGAAAAAAAUAGCUACUAUUGGUUCUGACAGAAAAGUUAGAAUUUUUAGGUUUUUAACCGGAAAACUCAUGAGAGUCUUUGAUGAAUCCCUAAGUAUGUUUACUGAACUGCAGCAGAUGAGGCAACAGUUACCAGACAUGGAAUUUGGCCGAAGAAUGGCUGUAGAACGUGAAUUAGAGAAGGUGGAAGCAGUAAGAUUAAUUAAUAUAGUUUUUGAUGAAACUGGACACUUCGUGUUAUAUGGAACAAUGCUGGGCAUUAAAGUUAUAAAUGUGGAAACAAACCGGUGUGUGCGGAUUUUAGGCAAACAGGAAAAUAUUAGAGUGAUGCAGUUGGCUUUGUUCCAGGGAAUAGCCAAAAAACAUCGUGCUGCAACUACUAUAGAAAUGAAAGCUUCUGAAAAUCCCGUGCUUCAGAAUAUUCAGCCUGAUCCAACAAUAGUCUGUACAUCUUUCAAAAAGAAUAGAUUUUAUAUGUUUACCAAAAGAGAGCCAGAAGAUACAAAGAGUGCAGAUUCUGAUCGAGAUGUUUUUAAUGAGAAACCUUCCAAAGAAGAAGUCAUGGCAGCAACUCAAGCUGAAGGACCUAAGCGAGUUUCAGACAGUGCCAUUAUCCAUACCAGCAUGGGAGACAUUCACAUCAAGCUUUUUCCUGUUGAGUGCCCUAAGACAGUGGAAAACUUUUGUGUUCACAGCAGAAAUGGUUAUUAUAACGGGCAUACAUUUCAUCGAAUAAUUAAGGGUUUCAUGAUUCAGACAGGAGAUCCAACAGGUACCGGUAUGGGAGGAGAAAGCAUAUGGGGAGGAGAAUUUGAAGAUGAAUUUCAUUCAACAUUACGACAUGACAGACCAUAUACACUGAGUAUGGCCAACGCUGGAUCAAAUACUAAUGGAUCUCAGUUUUUUAUCACCGUAGUACCAACACCUUGGCUCGAUAAUAAGCACACAGUAUUUGGACGUGUAACAAAAGGAAUGGAAGUUGUACAGAGGAUCUCUAAUGUCAAGGUCAAUCCCAAAACAGACAAGCCGUAUGAGGAUGUCAGCAUCAUAAAUAUUACUGUCAAGUAAAAUGUUUCAUUGUGUAAAUAUAAAUGCUUGUAUUAAACAUGGGAUUAUUUCACAUUUGGAAGCUGUAAAACUUGAACAUACAAUUUCUAGAAUAUGUAUUUUUAAAACUU